GACAAGGCUGUCUUGGCGGUGGGACACAUCAACGAUCUCAUCGGCGAUCGUCCCAUGUUCAUGCCGCUCAACAAGUACUUCCGCGAGUAUGGAGGAGUUUACAAGCUUUCCUUCGCUCCUGUGCCACAAGCAACCUUCUACGUGCUCUCUGACCCACACGCGAUCAAGCACGUUCUGAAAGAGAGUCCCAACGACUUUGACAAGGGUCUGCUAUCUGAGAUUCUAGAGCCCAUCCUUGGAAAAGGUCUCAUUCCCGCAGACCCCGAGACCUGGAGGCAGCGACGCCCCGUGAUCCAGCCUGGUUUCCACAUGCGCUGGUUAGAAAGGAUGACGAUGACCUUCAAUGAAUGCGCCUCGAUUAUGAUCGACAAGCUUGAGGGAGAGGCAGAUGCCGGGAAUCUGGUGGAUAUGGAAGGAAUGUUCAACUCAGUCUCUCUCGAUAUCAUCGGCAAAGCUGUUUUUAACUACGAGUUUGGCUCUGUCACCCGUGAGUCCCCGGUGAUCAAGGCAGCGUACGCAUGCCUCAAGGAAGCGGAGCACAGAUCGACUUUCCUCCUUCCCUACUGGAACGUUCCCUUCCUUGGUCAGGGCAAGUUCUCAGUUGUUCCUCGUCAGCGGGAGUUUGCGGCUCACCUGGAGGUGUUGAAUGACACGCUGGACACAAUCAUCCAGAAAGCAAAAUCGCUGAAGAACGAAGAUGAUCUCGAGGCUCUUGAGAGAAGAGACUACAAGAGUAUCCAGGAUCCUUCGCUCCUCCGCUUCCUCGUCGACCUGCGAGGAGGUGACUGUAACGACAAGCAGCUCAGGGACGAUCUCAUGACUCUCCUCGUCGCCGGGCACGAGACCACAGGCUCCCUCCUCACCUGGACUGCCUUCGAGCUCGCCCAGAAUCCAGCGGAGAUGCGGAAGGUGCAGGAGGAGGUCGAUCGCGUCCUAGGGGGUCGCAAUCCGACCAUGGAUGAUAUCAAGAAGCUCGAGUACACGCGGCUCGUCCUCGCCGAGGGCCUCCGCCUGUACCCCCAGCCUCCUAUUCUCCUCCGACGAGCUCUCAAGGAGACGAAACUUCCUGUCGCUCACAGCGGAAGUCACGAGGACCAGGCGAGCAGCGACAUGCAGCCAUCCGGCGUCUCCAUCUCCCCUGGAGCCAAUAUCUUCAUCUCGGUCUGGAACCUUCACAGGAACCCGAAGCUAUGGGACAACCCUGACUCCUUCGACCCCUCCCGCUGGUUGCGCCCUCAGCCCGCUACCAACGGUCAUAGCAGCUGGGCAGGAUACACCCCCAGGAAAGAUAUGGGGCUCUAUCCCAACGAGAACGACGCCAACUAUGGCUACAUCCCCUUCGGAGGAGGACAGCGCAAGUGCGUUGGCGAUCAGUUUGCGAUGCAGGAAGCUGUAGUCAUCCUCUCCAAGCUCUUCCAGCGCUUCGACAUCGAGCUUGCUGGGUCUCCAGAGGAGGUGGGCAUGUCCACUGGCGCAACCAUCCACAGCAAGAACGGCCUGAUGAUCCGCCUCAAGAAGAGGAACGUCUGA